AUGUUCAUCCGUCUCAUUUUGGCAAUUCUGGGUCUCAUCGCGACAUCUACCGUACUCUGCGCACCCGGUCUUUUCGCUCUUCCAUCAAAAUCGCUUCGUAGUGAUCCAUCGGUUUACGAGGGCUACGAGAACAGUUUCUAUCGAGGUAUGCGCCUUUAAAAAGUGUACUAAUCUUACUGUAUGUUUUGCAGGUUACGGUGCUGAUCAACCAUUCCGUUUCGGUCAAGGAGCCGGCUCAAAUUGGUGA